AUGGCAGAGGAAGUCGUGAAAGCGGCAGAGGGUCCUUUGAAGAGUUUUAUCUCUCGCACGCCCCGGCCACAUCAUGUGCGCAGAGCGGCACUGGCAUAUGCCUGUACACAGGUCGGCGCAGGGCUCUUGGCUUUGGGGCCUGCCGUCGCACACGCUGGAUGGGUAGGCAUUCCCAUCAUCGUGCUCUGUGCGUGCUGCGCAGCGCAUACAUCCUACCUCUUUGGCUGGAUCAUGCUCCAGACCCAGGCAGCUGUUGCCGGCAGCGGCUCAUUAUCUGGCUACGAUCAUGACAGUGACGAGGAGGCUUCGAGCAGCGAAGGCAGCGCCAGCAGCCUCGAAGACAUGGGCAGCGACAGUGGGAGCGAAGAAAUUCUGCAGGAACAGCCUUUCCCAAGCUAUGAAAACAUUGGUUACCAAGCAAUAGGAACCUUCGGCUAUUUUCUUUCCAUGCUUCUUCAGAGCCUCAUGUUAAUUGGCGUUUGUACAAUCUUCCUCGUCCUGAUCGGAGUGAAUGCCGCCCAAGUGGAGCGGAUCUUGGGUAUCGAAGGGCUCUCAAAGCGGAGCGUGAUCCUGGUGGCAGCAGCGUUUGAGCUGAUCCCAUGCUACUUCAUGGCCACGGUCAAAGAGACCUUCCUUCUCACUGCACUUGGAGCUCUUUGUUCCGCCAUCUGCGCGGUGGUAGUGGUGGUGGCUGCGUUUGGCACAGACCCUUCCAAGAUCGGCGCGUGCUUGGAUGGUGGAGCAAACAGUUGGCCGGUUUAUACGAAUCUGCAAGGGCUCUGCCUCUGCUGGAACACCGUGGUGUUUGGUUUCGGAGGCAUCAAUGUCCUCCCCAGCCUCUUAUCGGAUUUCCACCUGCGUGGUGUCCUGGCACGGGCUCUCGUGAGCUUUACCUGGCGUUCGUACUUAUUCAUCAUCGUGAUAUACGUCGCUGUGGCAGCGGCUGGCUUCUCCGUGGGCGGGGUGGCUAUGGCGAGCCGGAAGGUGGACUCGAACGUGCUUGUUGGACUUUCCGGCUGUCCAUCCGACCAGGUCGAGUCUGUGAAUUGGAGCCUGCUUCUGGCAUACAGUGCCAUCACGCUUCAUGUGCUGCUUGCGUUUCCUGUCCCUUUCCACUCGGGGGCGGAGACACUGGAGGCGACGCUGGGCACCCGAUCAGGUGCCUUGAAGCCCGGUUUGCGCGGCCUGACUAUGCGACUGCCACGUCUGCUGUUUCUGGGCUUGUGCACCAUCCUGGCCUACACCCUGCCUUUUUUUGGUGCCCUGCUGGACGUGGUCGCCGCCAUUGCUGGCCAGGGCACCGUCUUCAUCCUUCCAGUAGUCUUCUCUGUUGCGAUCCAGCGGCAGCAGGGCAUGAGAGUGCCGUGCUACGAGUGGAUUCUCGACUUCGUUUGUUUGAUGGUUGGGACACUUGGGGCCGUCACCGGCCUGUACUACGGGCUCCAAGAGCUGGGUGGAAAGUGGCUGAACCCAUUCUGCACGGACAUCGAUACCUUCAGUUCUAUCGGUGGAAGUGGCCUUGAGAUGUAUUUCACCACUCUCCGAACCUUGGGCAUCCUCUUCGCAACCAUGGCGGCCCUCACCUUUCCCACCUCCGCCUUCUGUUUGCUGGGCACCUUUGCCCCCGACAAUGGGCAGUUCUUGGCUCGUGCUUCCAUCGGCAACCUGGGCCUGCUCGCAGACUCGAAAGUGUUGGACCCGUUGUUGCGGAUAGUCCGGGCAGGCUGCGAUGGAGCAGAGCUGUCGGACUUGACACCCAUCUUCGCUUGGCUAGACCUCGCGUCCAUGAUCAUUCUUUUCGUCUACUUGGUGAGAUUCCGCUUCAUCGAGAUCCCUCGGAGAGCAUUGACGGAUGACCUUGAGAAUGUGUCGGUCCAGGACUUCUCCGUCGUCAUCGACAAGCUGCCGCCGAGGAUCGACCACCAGCCCGACUACAAGCGCCUGCUGAAGAACCACCUGGAAGAGCGGAUGAGAGUUGCGCAGGCUGGGAAGCCAGGGCCCGAGCCGCACGUGGCAGAUAUCACUUUGGUGCGUGACUACGGUGGAAGGCUCGAGAGUUUGAAGGCUCGUGGCCACAUGUUGCAGAGCAUCGACGUUGCGAAAGCUUACGGAAAAGAAAAGCGGAUCUUCAAGGCUGAGGGAAGACUGGCGAAGCUGGACAAGCGAUUGGAGGCCCAGUUGGAACCUGACAACGAGCUUCCGGUCCUCCGCGCCUACGUGAUCCUCAAUCGGACAGCAGACAAACACGGCCUGAUGUACGACUACCGUCUAGCCAACUUCGCACUGUUUCGCUGCUGCCAGUCAAGUUCGAAACGAUUUUUCGGAGCGGCGUUGCGAGUGCGGGAAGCGCCCCAGCCUUCAGAUCUCCUUUGGGAGAACCAGGAUACUCCUUGGUGGAGUCGACUUUUGAGGCAGCUGUGUAUGUUUGUCACUUUCAUCAUCAUCUUGGCGAUUUCGCUGGCGUUGAUAUAUGUGACAACUGUCUACGGCAAAAGAGAAGCCGGCGUACAGUUGAGCUACAUCGGCAACGAGCUUUGUGAUCCUGAAACGAACUACUCCGGUGCCCCAGAAGAUGACUACAUCUGCAUUGUGAGCACUGCAGCCAACUGGACCAAGGACUUCGCGGCUACAGAGGGCGGCAACAUUCUGAACUGCUGGUGCGAAUCUCAAGGCUACGCGAAAUUGGUGGAAGAUACCUCCCUGGUCAGCACCUGUACGCCUUGGUUCCUGAAGACGGCACGGGGGAUCGGCAUCAUGACAGCCGCCUCCUGCGUUGUCGUACUGAUCAACUUGGUUCUUCAAUAUGUGCUGAUCGCCAUGGCAUAUUUCGAGCGACCUUUGUCACUGACGGCGCUCAACAAGUCCAUGAUGACGAAGAUCUUUCUGGCGCAGACGUUGAACACAGGCUUCGUCUUGUUCAUCGUGAACACAUACGGGCCCGACGGCAUGCGACUUGCCUGCGAGAUGUGGGGGCUCGAGCAAUGGCUGGCUGGACGGCAGAAGGUGCUGACAUCUGAAACGUCUAUGUCUUAUGUUCUGCAGCCAGUGCGGCUCACAUCAGAAUGA